CUGAACCAGAAACCGUUGGUCGUUUAGCGAGGCAGUGAACAGUUUAGAAGCAGAAUAUAUUACUUCCAUGCCGAAGCUUUAAUAACUGGAGAUGGCAACGCUUCCUAUAUUUAAUCCGAGAACCCCAUUUCUUGGUGAAAUUCCGAAUGGCUUGUCCAUUGGGCAAUCCAUGCUGAUCCAGGGUAAAAUUAUCGGAAAUGAAAUGUUCAACAUUAAUCUUCAAUCGGGUGCGGCCGUAAACCCUCGCGAUGACACACCGCUGCAUAUCAGCAUUCGACUGGGUGAUAAGAGAAUUGUACGAAAUAGCUUUGUUGAUGGGGCAUGGCAGAAAGAGGAGCGCGAUGGAAAAUGCCGCAUCACAGUGGGCGAAAACUUUCAGCUGCAAAUCGAAGUCAAAAAAUCACACUUCAAGCUCAGGAUUGAUGGGAAGAAGUUUUGCAAGUUCAAACAUCGACUGUCGGUUGAUCAGGUGCGUUUUGUGCACAUUGGCAAUGGAGCUGUGAUAGAAUCGAUUACCGUUGCAAACGUUUAAUGUUUGAAAUAGUUUAUUACAGCUAUUAUUAAUUUAUAUCAGUUUCCCAAUUAAGUUAAAUUGCUAAUAUGAGUAUAAGUAAUUACAAUAUGGAAACAAAACAUGCUCAACAUAUUUGGAAAUGACUUUACUGAUCGCAUUACACUUUUGGUGCACCAUAUGGAUAUGGAAUAAAAAUCUUAAAACGGUACAUACCGAACUUUUAUACCUGCUUUAAAACACAAAAUUUACUAAAACUGAACUGCCUGAAACACAUAUUUGCAUAGUAUUCCAGUGUGAUGAUUUGCUAAAUAAUAAAAUCGAAGACAGAGUUUGACUGUUUCUGCUGGUGGCUCUCUAUUGUUUGCAUUCCAUAUUUAACCGCCGCUGAUGCUGCGCUGUCGCAUGUCUUUGUGGCGGUUUGUUAUCACACACACCCUCGUCUGCAAUCGAACCUCGCUGGUCACACGUUUCC